AUGUCAAUCGACUCACACAACCUUUUCGCCAACGCAGCCGUCGGCUCAAGCUCAGGAGGCAUUGGAGUGGGUCGUGCUGGUCCACGGACUGGACCCACAAAUGCAACUCUUGUCAAUGGCGCAAAGACUGCUACGGUCGUCCGACGGACAGGUGUGCAAGGGAAGCAACCUAUCAAGAAACUCGUUAUCAAAAACUUCACAGUUACACCGCAGUUACCCAAGGACUAUGAACUCGAGACCUGGAAAGUCCUUCAAGAGGCUGUCAGAGCUAUUCAGGAGUCCAGACCUGUCCCAUCAUCCCUGGAGGAAUUAUACAAAACUUGCGAGAACCUCUGUCACCAAAAAUUCGCCGAUUCAACUUACAAAAGACUAAAGGCGGAGGUCGAGAGCCAUGUCAGGACAGUGGUCGAGAGUCUCAACGCCGACCAGACGGAGAAGGAGCCCUUUCUGGAGCACGUCCACAGGGCGUGGACCGAUCACUGCCGGCAGCUGAUCAUGAUCCGCAGCAUCUUCCUCUACCUGGACCGGACAUUUGUCUUGCAGACUCUGGGAGUCUCGAGUAUUUGGGAGAUGGGCUUGGACCUCUGGCGGACGUUGGUGAUGAGCCAGCCUGAGAUUCGUAGCAAGGUUAUUGGAGGCAUUCUCAGUUUGGUCGAUAUGGACCGGACGGGCGACGCUGUCUCACAGCCUUUGAUCCUGUCCAUGCUGCGCAUGCUGUCCGACAUUCACUUGUACACGUCGCUGUUCGAGACGCCCUUCUUGCAGGCGUCCAGAUCGUUUUACCACGUCGAAGGAGGCGAGUAUGCGAUCAAGCUGACAGUGCCGGAGUACUUGCGUCAUGCCAAUAAGCGAUUGAAGGAGGAGACUCACCGUUUUGAGGGUUACCUUGACAAGUCGACCAGGCGAGGACUCAUAAGCGCUGUCGAAGGAGAGAUGCUGGAGAGGUGGAACGAUAUGCUUUUGCAGAAGGGAUUUGAGGGUGUCAUGGUUGCUCAUAACCUAGCAGAUCUGAAGCUGUGGUACGACCUCUUGGCCAGGGUCAACGGUUUAGAGAAGCUGAGCUUCCACUUUGGAAACUACGUCAAGAAAACUGGUAAGGGGCUGGUUAUUGAUCCAACAAAGGACGAUACCAUGGUCGAAGAGCUGUUGACGUUCAAGCAAGGAGUUGACGAGGUUGUGAGCAAGUGCUUCAACAGCUCGGAUCUGUUCCUCAACGUUCUCAAGGAGUGUUUCGAGGCAUUCGUCAACAUUCGGCAAAACAAGCCGGCAGAGUUGGUCGCCAAGUAUCUGGACCUCCGACUGCGCAGUGGCAACAAGGAAUUGUCGGAUCAGGACCUGGAGUCGACACUGGAUCGUGUUCUCAUCCUUUUCCGGUAUAUCCAAGGAAAGGAUGUCUUUGAGGCCUUUUACAAGCGCGAUCUUGCCAAGAGGUUGUUGUUGAAUAAGAGUGCAUCCUUUGACGCAGAGAAGAGCAUGCUGAGCAAGCUGAAAGCAGAGUGCGGAGCAGGAUUCACAACAAAGUUGGAGGGCAUGUUUAAAGAUAUGGAUACUUCCAAGGACAUUAUGGUCAAUUUCAGGGCCAGCAAAAUGCACAACAAGAUCGGUCAUCUGGAGCUUAAUGUCAACGUCUUGACCCAGGGUAACUGGCCGACCUACCCUCCAGCCGAGGCAAAUAUUCCAGACCAGAUCUCGCAAUGCCAGGAAGUGUUCAAAGAGUUCUAUCUAUCCAAGCACAAGGGCAAGCGGCUCAACUGGCAAAACUCGCUCGGACAUAGUGUCGUCAAGGCCAACUUCCCAUUGGGAACCAAGGAGCUGCAGCUCAGUUUGUUCCAAGCGAUUACUGUACUACUUUUCAACGACACUGGCGAUUCGUCACUGUCGUACAAGGACAUCAGGCAACAGUCUAAUAUUGAGCAAAAGGAGUUGAACAGGACAUUGCAGUCGUUGGCGUGUGGAAAGUACAGAGUGUUGGUGAAGAGUCCAAAGUCGAAGGAUGUGUCUGAGACGGAUGAGUUCAAGUUCAACAAGGACUUUACGGCAUCCCUGACGAGGAUCAAGGUCAACUCGAUUCAGCUCAAGGAAACUCAGGAGGAGAACGCCUCAACCAACGAGCGCAUCUUCCAGGACCGCCAGUUCCAAGUUGACGCUGCCAUUGUUCGCAUCAUGAAGACUCGGAAGCAGCUUUCACACACUCUUCUGAUCAGUGAGCUCUUUGAUCAACUCAAGUUCGCAAUCAAGCCAACGGACCUGAAGAAGCGCAUUGAGAGUUUGAUUGACCGUGAUUACCUAGAGCGUGACAAGAAUGACCAGAGUCUGUACAAAUACGUAGCUUAA